AGAUUUUACAACGGCUCAAUUUCUUCGAAUCAAUACUCACCAGGAGCCGGAAUAGCACAGAGAUAAAAAGUCCUCAUUCCACAGUCGAUAUAACAUCAUCACCGCGCUGAAUACAGAAACUUAAGGAAAUAUUGGUGAAUCUGAAACGCUCUACAGCAGCUGUUCGUCCUACCAGGCGUGGAGAAUCUACGAUUAACUACUGGUAAUCAAUACUGUCUGUAUCUUGGAGGUGUCUACAUUCAAAGUAUCUUUGAGCAAUGCCCAGUCCACUGGAGAAAGUGGUGGCGCAGAAGAAGGAGGCCAUCGAGGCUGUGAUGGAGCUGUUCGAGAGAGGGGCGGAGGUGCUGGCCAGCACGGUGGGGGAGCUUCUCCCCCUAUGUGAGGCUGCUGCUCCUGUCCUGCGGCUGGCUCUGGACAAUGUGCAGAGCAAGGAGGUGUUCUAUGUCAAGGAGCAGUUUGUCACUGUGAGGAACAAGCUAGAAGUGCUCUCAUCUGAGCUGGAAGACAUUGACCGUGAGAUCAAGAAGGGAUGCCUGGACUCCCAGUACUUUACUGUGGAAGAAAACCUGUGCAACCAGUUCCGGAAAUAUCUGGACAUCUUAGAGGCAAAGCCUCAGUUCAGGGAAGUCAAAACACGACUGUUCCUGGACCAUUUUAAAAAAACGGGAGGUGAGAAGAACCUCCACAUCUUGUAUGACGCUCUGAUGGGGAACAGCACUUUCGGAGGUUCUGUGCUAGAGGUAGUGGACAAAUAUGAGACAAGGAACAGGAGGGUGCUGGAGGACUUCUGCGUCCGGAUGAAAGAGCUUUUCUGCUUGGGUCUUAUUGCCUUGCUCGGCAACUAUGCUCUGACACAGGAUGAGGACACAGAGCAGGAAAAGAUCUCAGAGUGGAGUAAGAAGAUCCAAGAGGUGGAGACCAAGAUGAAAGCUGCAGUGGAGGAGUGUGUGCGGUCAUUUGCUGAGCAGGCACGCCUGGAUGUCCAAAGGCUGCUCCGGGAGAAGGAGGGUGGGAGCCUCCAAGACAAAGCAAAGGAGCUGCUCCAUUUCCUGGCUAGAAAAUAUGAUUGGCUCAGGUGGUCCAUCCGCAUUGUCAGCCAGUCAGGAAGCAGCUACCAGAAGUGGCGAGCAGGUGAAAAUUUCCAGCACGUGGCAGGACAGAACUGGUUCGAUGAUGCUAACGUGGUGGUGUCCUACUCCAGUAACCCACAGCCUGUUCCCAAGGAGAGUGUUCAACAGCUGAUGGAUGGUCCUGCCAAGAAAGGAAAUGCCAAAUUCGUGGUGGAGACUCUGGAGAAGAAUCUUCCUGGGUUUGUGGUGCAUGCUAUCAGCCGUCAUAAGGAGAGCUACGCAGCGUGGAACUUUCCAGAGGACUGCCAUCACUGGGAGAGGCAUAAGAAUGUAGCCCUCUGCGUUCAUUCAGAUGAGUGCUAAGACAGAAAUAUGAAACUUGAAGAUGAUUAUACUUUUUGGUUUUAAUGCAAAAAUAUUUACAGCAGGUGCUGUCAUGUGGCACUUUAUAUAUUAAAGCUGCUUUGAUCAAUUGUAAAGUUCUUGCUUACUUUAGCAGACUUCGCUAGCAAAGGAGUCCACCCUAUCCCACUAUUUGCAUUCAAAGAGGAUUCUCCUUGUGGAGACGUUUCCUCACUGGUUAAUAUUAGAUUCAGAAUCAGAUAUAUAUAUGCGAAACAUGUUACACACACAAGGAGAUGUAUUGUUGAAUUUCAAUACAGUAUAGCUGGACUGUAUUGAAAUUUUAUUUUUCAAUAUUUUUCAGAGUAGUUAUUUUAUUGUUAGCUUUCAGGAUGUAAAGACAAUUUAAAAGAUAAGUGUUCUUAAACAGCUUACAUCAGCUUUAAGGCUAAUAUGUCAUGUAUUUGGAAAAGAAAAGUUAUCAGUCUUCUAUUGCAGAUUGCUAUUAUCCAACAUAUUUGCACGGAAUUGUACAAUUGUACAAUGGUACAUACUUUUCCUCCCUAUGUAUGCCAAGUUUGCAGUAAUACUUGAAUGUUAUGAUAAAGCACUCUAAGUAUACUAAUCAGUAUUUUGUCUUAGUGUCUUAUCUCAAUGACUUGUCUGUCUACUUUUGUCUCAAACAUUACUAAAGCUUUCAAAAGUUGUUUUGAAUUAUGCGGAGCAUGCAUUUGGUCAUAUCAAAUAAACGUGUCCUACUAUUUCAUAUUA